AUGGUGAAGCCACUUACGUUCAAGGGCGACAAGAAAGCGAAGAAGCGGAAGCGUACGGAUGCGGGCGAAGUGUCGGGCGAAGUUGACGAGAGCAAGCUGAAGGUAGCGAAGGUAGAAGAAGACAGCGAGAACGAUGACAGCUGGGUCUCUGCCGAUGCCGUGACGGACGUGGCGGGGCCGAUCAUGUUCGUCCUACCGACCACGCCGCCGACUGCUCUCUCCUGCGACGCCAAUGGCAAGGUGUUCACACUGCCGAUCGAGAACCUGGUCGAUGGGAACCCGUCGAGUGCAGAACCACACGAUGUCCGUCAAGUUUGGGUCGCAAACAAAGUCGCGGGGACGGAGAAUUACCGCUUGAAGGGCCAUCAUGGAAAGUAUCUGAGUUGUGACAAGUAUGGCAUCUUCUCUGCGACCUCGGAGGCCGUCUCCCCGCUCGAAUCGUUUGUCCUCAUCGCGACGGCGGAUACUCCUGGGACGUUCCAGGUGCAGACGCUGCGCGACACCUUCCUCACCGUCAAGGCCCCGACAUCGUCCAAGGCCAACGCUGCGCCCGAGGUUCGGGGCGAUGCAACCGAUAUCGCCUUUGACACGACGCUGCGUAUCCGCAUGCAGGCACGAUUUAAGCCGCGGAUCAAGGCCUCCAAAGAGGAGAGGGCAAGGGAGAAAAUCAGCAGGCGGGAGCUGGAAGAAGCUGUGGGUAGGAGACUCGAAGAGGAUGAAGUGAAGCUCUUGAAGAGAGCCAGGAGAGAAGGCGACUAUCACGAGCAGUUGCUGAAUAUGAAGGUCAAGGGCAAGCAUGACAAAUACAGUUGA